GGGAGAAGCAACACGGGCCCGAUCGCUGGCUGUACCGUCUCCACACUCACACGCCGCACGUCCAACGCAUCAGCUGCUCUCUGCCCGACGAGUCCUGCUGGAUUUACCGCUGAACACAAACGGGAGAGUUUAAACCGAGCCGCUCCAUCCUGGGAAGGUCAGUGAUGGUCAGUGCUAGUUAGAGCCUGCAGCCGAGGAUGUCUGCUACAGAUUCGGACAACUCCAUUGACUGGCUGGCUAGCGACUAUGAAGACAACGAGAGCGAACAGGAGUUUGACUGUACCAGAAAGCACAGCCAGACGGAGGCCCCUCCAUCCUCCGGCAGCCCGCCACACCUGGGCCCGUCUGACAGCAGCUGCCACCGGAGCAGCGAGGUGAAGGGGGGCGACGGCGACUGGGGCGAGGUCACGCAGGCCUCCCAUCAAGGAUCUCCCCCCGGCUGCACGGAGACGUGGGACAGCACCAUUGGACUGUGUAAAAGAAAACAAGGAGAAAAAACUAAUGGCAAAAACACUCAGCACGCACUGAAGAGACCUCGCAGCUCCGUGGAGGAGGAGUGCAGGGAAUGGCAGCUCAUUUCCAACGCGUCGGAGAAGAACCGACUUUUCAGCCGCAAGUGCACGGAGCUACAAUGCUACAUUCAUCCGCUGUCGUCUAUCUUGAAUGGCCUUCGUUCAGGGAGAUACAGAGAACGACUCAGCAGUUUCCAGGAGAGUGUGGCCAUGGACAGGAUCCAGAGGAUCAUGGGUGUCCUGCAGAACCCCUGCAUGGGAGAGAAGUAUAUGAAUAUCAUUCUUAAAAUGGAGGAAAUGCUGAAGAGCUGGUUCCCUAAUGUAAAACUCCAAGACCAACUUGCCGCCACCCAGACAGAGGAAGCCGUUCCUACCAAGAAACCGAAGCUAUCUAACACCCCUGCAGCUGUGAGCCCCGUCACCGUCAGUGACCCUCCAGCCGGCGUCAAACCCCUGAGAGUCACCGACCUCACUCCUCCUGGAGCGUACUCCGCCAGUAACCUGAAGUGGUUCCACACUUCACCCAUCUGCUCCCCUACAGCAGAGCAGGCCCAGGCUGGCCCCAGGCACCUGCUGGCCCCCAGAGACAGAGACCUAACGCAGGACAACGCUGUGUCCUCCAGCACAGACAGUCUCACUAAGACAGACUCGGUGCCCAGGGGCCCUCCACCGGGUAAAAUUAACGCGCCCUGUCUAGAGAGGCUCCUUAAGUCGACAGAAAGCAUCAUCACCCCAAAGGGGACGGGUGGUGUGAUGGACAGCAGCUGGUCCUAGUCCACACAGAGGGCUGGGUGUCCAGCUGUAAGCACUGCACAGCCCAGCUUAGCCUUGCCCACCCUGCCGGGAGCCAGUCAGCUCGCUUAGCCCAUUCCAGCCUUCGGGGGAGACGGGAGCCUUCAUAAGGGACGUCACAGAUUCCUCUUCAACGCGGAAAGAGUGUCGAUGAACAUGUUGUACUCUCUGUAUGGGAAUGUGCCCUCUCUGACAUGACACGUGUCCGCUUUAGUUCCCUUCUGUUGACUUUUUCUUUGUUUUGUUUUUUUUUCUUUCUUUUUCGUUUGCACUCUUUUGAAUAGCGUGUGUGAGAGCGGGAAGGAUUUAGGAUUUCACACGCCGAGAUCACCACCGGAGAGCGGGUGACUUCACAACCGAAUCGUUCCCCACUGGCUUGUAGAUGCAAUAAUACAGUUUUGAGUAUCUGUGAAAACCACCAUUUACGCCUGAAAGGGAAAGAAUCGCGGAAGUAGUUUGUGCUGGAAGGGAGCAUUUCAGAUAUCCAGACAUGUCAGUGGUCUACAUAUUGUUGUGCUGAAAAACGUGGGUGAAAUGUGAUGUUAUUUUCUCUUCUCCCCUCCGACACCCCCCCCAACCCCCACCCCUCCCCCUCCUCCAACCCCUUCAUGACUCCACUCUUAAGUUUAUUGAUGUGACUGUUACUGAUUUGUAUACUUUAUAAAUAAGUCUUUUGGUACAACUGUUCUACCUCAGUGGGCACCACGUCAAAGUUAGUGGGUAGGAAUGUGAACGCUAUACAAAGUGUGGACACCUCAUCAGAUCUGCAGCGAGCCAAGCGGCCUCUGACAGCGAGGUCUGCAGUGCGAGUCGUUCUGCUUGUACAAACAGAGGAUGCUCUCUCCAUGGGGAUGCUCUCGUGGCCUGACUGGUGCCAUUGUAAAGAAUGUCAACUGCAGAUUUCUUUUUCUCGAGUCUCCCAGUAGAAGGCAAACAGUGCCUGUAACGUCAAGCUGUGCCUGUAAGCCGGUUUGAUAAUAGCGAGGGAACCGUUCAGAAUACCUGCUCCUCUGUGGGAUGUACAAAUCAGGAAUUCUCACUCUCCUGCCAUUCUCCUGUAUCAAGUAAAUUAUUCAGAUCUUGCCAACUACUUUCUGUGGUGGAGUAGAACAAUUCUUUUAUUUUGCCACAGAACUGGACAGUAUGUUAGACCAGCAGAGAGGGACAAGGUAUUUCUCUGUGUAAAUCUUACAGAAAAAAGGUUGUCGAUUUACCCUGAAAAGUGGCCUUUAUAGUGUGAAUUUUAUACUUUCAAAAUAAAUGUGGUUAUCUUUGUUUGAUGCAAAA